AUGCGUCUCUCUCGUAGUACAAACCCUUUCGUUCUCUUCUUUUUUCUCGCUGUUGCCGCCGCACCAGCCAUAUCGGCUGAGGUAGCGUUCUUGAGAACGGACUAUUACCAAAAAUCAUGUCCCGAUUUCAACAAAAUCGUGCGAGAAGCCGUUAUGGCCAAGCAAUCUCAACAGCCGACAACCGCGGCAGGGACACUUCGUCUCUUUUUCCACGAUUGUUUCCUUGAGGGUUGCGAUGGUUCCGUUUUGGUAGCCACCAACUCGUUCAACAAAGCGGAACGUGACGAUGAUCUCAACGACUCCCUCCCAGGAGACGCUUUCGACAUUGUCAACCGUAUCAAGACAUCUCUCGAGCUGGCUUGUCCCGGCGUGGUGUCCUGCGCUGAUAUCUUAGCGCAGGCUACGCGUGAUCUUGUCACGAUGGUAGGAGGUCCUUUCUUCAACGUAAAGCUUGGCCGUAAAGACGGGCUCGAAUCUAAAGCCCAUAAAGUCCGAGGAAACGUCCCGAUGGCGAACCAGACGGUCCGCGACAUCCACGGGAUGUUCAAGAAAAACGGGUUUAAUCUACGCGAGAUGGUAGCAUUAAGCGGAGCACACACAAUCGGAUUUUCUCACUGCAAAGAGUUCAGUGACCGUCUCUACGGAAAGAAAGCCGAUAAGGAAAUCAACCCUAAAUUCGCAACCGCUCUUAAACAACUAUGCAAGAACCACACCGUGGACGACACAAUCGCGGCGUUUAACGACGUGAUGACUCCCGGAAAAUUUGACAACAUGUACUUCAAGAACCUUAAACGAGGGCUAGGGCUAUUAGCUUCCGACCACAUGCUCAUUAAAAACAAUCACACGAAACCGUUCGUUGAUCUUUACGCAGCCGACGAGAAAGCCUUCUUUGAUGAUUUCGCACGUGCGAUGGAGAAACUCGGCACUGUCGGCGUCAAGGGCGAUGGACAAGGAGAGGUGAGACGUAGGUGCGACCAGUUCAACAAUCUCAACGUAUAA